AACUUGUUUGUUUAUUUCCAAUAUAUAAAGUUGCCAUGGUUGAGGCUUGUUUAUUCUCCUUAAAAGAGGGGGCUAAAAAAAUAUAUCAACUUUUUUGGAAACCUUCUCUUUAUCUCUUUCUCUCUUUUUCUCUCUCUUUUUUCUUCUAAAAUCAGAAUACAUACACAUACAAUGGGCUGCUGUCAAUCCACCGAACAAGUCGAGGAAAAACAAAGAAAUCAUGAGAUUGAUGCACAAAUCAAACGCGACCGUGUCAAUCUAAGAAAAGAAAUCAAAAUGUUGCUUCUAGGCGCAGGCGAAUCUGGAAAAUCGACCAUAUUAAAACAAAUGAAGUUGAUCCAUGACGGCGGAUACACUCCAGAAGAAAGAGAAAGCUUUAAAGAAGUUAUCUUUAGCAACACAAUGCAGUCAAUGAGAGUGACUUUAGAAGCGAUGGAUAACUUAGGCAUCAGUUUUCACGAUAGUGAGAACGAGGGACAUAAAAGACUUGUUUUGGAAGCACCACCACAAAUUGACUAUUUAGGUCAUGAAUUAGUCGUAGCCAUCACUUCUCUCUGGGACGACGAAGGAGUGAGAGAGUGUGUUCAACGAUCGAACGAAUUUCAAUUGAACGAUUCGGCACGAUACUACUUUGACUCGAUUCUCCGUAUCGGACAAUCAAAUUAUAUGCCGAGUGAUCAAGACGUACUAAGGUCUCGUGUGAAAUCCACUGGUAUUACUGAAACUACAUUUGUCAUUGAAAGCCUUACAUAUCGUAUGUUUGAUGUUGGUGGUCAAAGAUCAGAGCGUAAAAAAUGGAUUCACUGUUUUGAAAAUGUCACUGCUCUUGUGUUUUUGGUAGCCAUUUCAGAAUACGAUCAAGUAUUAUUCGAAGAUGAAAGUGUAAACCGUUUACAAGAAUCACUGACUUUGUUUGAUUCCAUUUGUAAUUCAAGAUGGUUUAUAAAGACUUCCAUAAUUUUAUUCCUGAACAAGAUUGAUUUGUUUGCUGAAAAACUACCUAGAAGUGCACUCGUUGACUUCUUUCCUGAUUAUAGCGGAGGCCAGAAUUACGAUGCAGCUUGUCAAUAUCUUUUACAAAAGUUCGUUUCCCUGAAUACCAGAGCAGAUACCAAGCAGAUAUAUACUCAUUUGACAUGUGCAACAGAAACAAAACAAAUUAAAUUCGUCAUGAAUGCUGUAAACGAUAUUGUGGUUCACGAUAACUUACGUAAUGUUGGCCUAUUAUAACCUUUUUCCUCUUUACUCUUCUUAUUUAAUUUUGUAAAAUCACUCUUUAUACAUUUUUUUUUCUUGUUUUAUUAUUACACAUUAUUCCUCAAAUCCCCCAACAAACAAGCCUGUUAUUAUUAUUAUUCCUAUUCGCAAUAAAUGAAUUAGAGAGAGAGAUAAUCCACUUCGCUCCCUAAAAAAAAGUUCAUGCAAAAGAAA